AUGCUCAACUUCAAUUCUAUUACCACACUUGAUUUCCGAGACAAGCCAGGCAAUCAGAAGACACACCGAACAGCACAACGUGGGAAGCACCGCAAGGCGUUGAGCUCGAAGCGGUGUGGGAAUUGUCGGACACGGAAAACCGCCUGUGACAGAGCCCAGCCAUCAUGCACCAAUUGCCAACGGCGAGGCGUCGAAUGUCCCGGGUACGGUCUCCAGCUCUCCUGGCCUCGCGGAAAUGAUGGCCGCCGGGCUGCUGAAGGCCAUCGGCACCAUAUCUUACCCUUGCGGUCCAAAAACCUGGAGUUUGUCAAUGCCACGGAUCGCGAUAUCGAGGCGUGGGCUGGUAGCCCCCAAGGGCGUUAUUUAGAGGAAGGAAAAGCGAAGGCGUUGGGCCCGUUAGUGUCCCAGCUUCUCGGGGGCGUGACACUAGGGCAGAUAGACCCCUUUCUGGUCACCAACCAAUACAGCCCCGUAGCCCGUCUCCUGUCUUCGGCCUUAGAUGAGGUGCCCGAACUCUACACCUUGUUAGUGCGCAUGUCCCUGGCGGAUGACACACCCUCAGCAUUGGCAGCAAGACAUGCCAUCGCCGCGCUGUCUUACCAGCACCUUGACCAACAUGAGGCAGCGGUCCUUCAUCAGACCAAGGCUUUGGGUGCUCUACAGACCGUCAUCAACAGCAUUACCUCUGGGAACACGGAGAACAUGCAAGCCUUCCGGGCCAUGGCGGCUAGCAUGCUUCUCAACAUCUUUGAGACCCUAAACUUCGACGCCUCGCCCCUGAGCUGGGCCAUGUUCUUUUGCGGCUGCAAAAAGAUUGUCAACCUCUUCCAUACACCACAUACAUCUUACGAGGGCGACUCGGCCAUGAUUCUCGACUGGAUAUUCUACCACGACACGUUUUAUAAGUUCAGCGUGCGGCACUGGUACCCGAAAGAGAAGCAACAAAUUCUGCUGGCCCAGCACCGGAAAGUAAUCUCCAAGGCUGUGUUCUCACCUCUGCGGCAAAUUAUUCUUCCGUCGACAGGUUGCUCCCUCGAACUCCUCGAUCUCAUCUGCCAAACAGUCGACGCCGUCCUUGAGCGCGACGACCCUCAGCACCUCUCGCCUUCACACCUCCAGGCCAUCCGCCGGCUCGAGCUCCGCCUUGAAGCCCUCAUCCAAACCCCCCGCAUCACCACUGUCACCUCAUCCAACACCCCCGAAAACACCAGCGAUCUAACCGAGACCCAAAUCCAAACCCAACCCCACACUCAGCCCGAAACCGAUCCCUCAGCCACGGCAACAACAGUACCGACCCAUGAACAAGAAACCAACCUCGCCGAACUAUACCGUCUCGCAACGCACAUCUACCUCCUCCGCAUGGCCCGCGCCCUUCCCCCCACCCACCCCCUCAUCACACCCCUAGUCUCCCGCGCUCUGACCCUCCUCCGACACCCAUCCAUACAAAACCACGGCUGUGCCCGCCCCUGGCCGCUCUUCAUCAUAGCUCUCGAGGUCGGCGCUGCAUCACAGCAUCAAACCGAAAACGGAAGUGAGGACGCUCGGAGCGUGGCGAGCGGUGCGAUAGAGGCUGCGAGAAGGAGACGACCGUUGGGGAAUUUUGUGUUGAUGAGACGGUUGGUGCAUGCUGCGUGGGUGCAGAUGGAUCUUGGUCUUGGUGGGGAUGAUAAAGGGGGAGAGGAUCUGAAGAGGGUGUAUGAUAUUGUUGUUAGUGGGGUGAGGGUGCCGCCUUCUUUUACGUGA